AUGGACGUGGAGGAGAAGAAGGCUCCUGGUGGUGAUGUAGAUGAACCUUUAGCUUGUUGGGAAUCACGGUCUUUCCCGCUUCGUGAAAAAGCUCUAGAACUUUCUAGAACCUUUCCAAUUAAAGAGAGACCCAACACUAUUGGUAUACCUAAACUGCCUGAAUUGAAGCACAUCUAUUAUGAGCAGAUGCAUAGGUUUCAUUCUCAUAACAGUAGCUACCUUGAAUGUUGCAUUUGCUACAAGGCAAUGUACGGGGUUCCGUUGAUCACAGAAGAUGGAGCCAUGCGUAAACAGAUUUUGAGAAAAAUCUGUUGGUACAUAGUCCUGGCUCCAUCUAAUCCAGUGAAAUCAACCUUUCUUCGUUCAACGUUGGAGACAGAAGAUUUUACCGAGAUUCCAAAUUUUAAGUGGCAUCUGCAAAAGUUUGCUGGAAAGGACAUUAUCAAGUGGACAAGCCUAUGGAAUUUAUAUAGGAGUGACUUUGAAGAUGACUUACUGGGAGGCUCUUUGGGGGAGGGGGACAAAGCAGCACAAGAUUUGAAAAUUAGAGUUGUAGAGCAUAAUUCUUAA